UCAAACCAUCAUGGUGAGCCUCACGCCGUCGUCGACAAAAGACCUCUUUGCGCUCCCCAUGGCGCUGCGCCGCUACUUGCACAAGCACGCCGAGGUGACGGAGACAUCCACAUUUGCGCAACGAAAGCGCAACCGGCACAUAGAGUACGCCUCGUCCAACGCCGGCGCGGCGCACAUGUGCAGCCUUGACGGCCACGUCGCGUCGAUCGUCGGCUUUGCCAUCGUCAUGCAGCGCCCCGCAUAUGAGGUUGACUUCGGCGCCGUCAAGGUGAUCGAGAACGUGUGUCUGGAAAGCGUCGACGAGGUCUACCGCGACUAA